AAUUCUGUGACAAACUGUGGAUACACUAUCUGCUGCAGGUCGAAUCUGACUGGAAACGGAACUGCAGGCGUCUUUGGCAGCUACAACUGUGAUGCUGCAGAACCAACGGUCAGAGUCCUGUUGGAUUUUAUACAGAACAUGAAGCCAGCCCCAGCUUUCUUUGUCUAUGUGGAAACGUAUCCGACAAGUUCGUACGACAGACUGAACAAAAACACACAGACCCUGCUCAAGUCAUUUGGUGAGCAAUGGUCGUCUAUGUUCCAUGUGCUGCCGGACCAGCUGUCCACUAUUAGUAAGCACGCCUAUUACACGGCCCUCAUCAUGCCUGGACUUCGAAUACUGGCCAUUAACCCACUCUACGAUUACCUCUACAAUGUUUUCGCGUUCCGAUCAGAGCUGGAUCCAGCGAAAGAAGAACAGCGCCAAUUUAUUAGACACACUCUUCAAACUGCGAGACAGAACAAUGAAAAGAACCGCGACCCUGAUAAUCUGGACAAAACAACUGGCGUCUCUUUGGCCGCUCCAUCUGUAACUACAUACUUUGGAAGCAAUCUUGGGGUCAAUCCAUCGAUCCGUGUCUACAAAAUGGAUUCGGCUACUUUUAAACCCCUUGACUAUGACCAGUACUAUAUCAGUAUUCCAGAAUCAAAUGAAAAAGGUGUGGCAGAAGUCAAGAAGCAUUACACAUUUACUGAAGAAUACCAACUCGCUGACCUGUCACCUAGUAACUUUGAAGCAUUAUCUAACAGGAUUCACACAAACUGGACAGAAUACCAAAAGUUUGAGGCCAACUUCUAUGUUUUAGCGGAUGACAGACCCUCUUGCUCAAAGGAGGAUACCUUGUGCAGAAAGAGACUCACCUGUCAGACUAGAGAAUCUAAGCCACUUCGCUACGCUGCAUGUCUGCUUGAUAAAAUAGGCAUUUGA